GGCCCUGUUGCGCCGCACUCGGUCUUUUCUGCCGCCGCCAUCAUGGGUCGCAUGCACGCUCCCGGAAAGGGCUUGUCCCAGUCAGCCUUGCCCUACAGACGCAGCGUGCCAACGUGGCUGAAACUUACUUCUGAUGAUGUAAAGGAACAGAUCUACAAGUUGGCUAAAAAAGGCCUGACUCCUUCUCAAAUCGGUGUGAUCUUGAGGGAUUCCCAUGGUGUUGCCCAGGUUCGCUUUGUUACUGGCAACAAAAUUCUGAGAAUCCUUAAAUCAAAGGGACUGGCCCCAGACCUUCCAGAAGAUCUCUACCACUUGAUCAAGAAAGCUGUUGCUGUUCGCAAGCAUCUUGAGAGAAAUAGAAAGGAUAAAGAUGCCAAGUUCCGCCUGAUUCUGAUUGAAAGCAGAAUCCACCGGCUGGCUCGCUACUAUAAAACCAAGAGAGUGCUGCCACCUAACUGGAAGUAUGAAUCAUCAACAGCUUCUGCCCUGGUCGCAUAAGAGCUGGCUAUUACUUACUGAAAGAAUAAAUUGUCAUUA